UGUAAAAAGUAAGGAUGGACAGGUAAUGGGCAACAGCAAUUUAUUACAGUAUUAUUGGUGCUAAGAGAAAGUACUGGAGCCUGUUAAAUAUCAGAGGAAUUACUUUUUCUCUUAUUUGUAUUUAAGAUCAGCAUUUAUAUGUUGGUUUUAAUGCGUUUGUUAUUUUUGAAAUUGAUAGGAGAUUUCUCCCUAGUUAUUACAAGCGUGUAGCAGUUGCUUUGUUGCAGCUCAUUUCUCCUGCUUCCCACAUACUGGCCCAACCUUACUGCAACUUCAGAAAAAACUAUUUAAUGGGGUGCUGUUAUUGUCUGUGUGUGUCAUUUAUGCAGUGCAUUUUCUGUUAAUGUAUACUGAAUCCAGUUUACCACAAAGCGGUCAUGAGCUAACCUUGCUUCUUCAAGCAUAACAAAUUUGAAACCGUUCUCUAAAGAGGGCAUUCAGAUUUUCUGUGAAUUUGUUCCACUUUAAGGGAAGAAAGUUCUGCACAGAAAAGCUGAGAGGUUUUUUUGGGAGGCAGGAGAGGGGAACUAUUGGUAUAACAACAUAAUUUAUCUUUUACGCACUCGACCUAAGUAUGUAAAAGUUUUUCCCUGAUCUUCGUCAUCCCCCUUUAAGUAGUGCUGCUGUUGCCUUGUCUUAGGAAUAGCCUAGUCGCACGACUUCUGCUUCAUGUUGAAAUGACAUCAAGUUGAGCACUAAAAUUUUGUACAGUUAGUGGGGAAAAGAGCCCUGUUCUGGGAAAGUUCACUCCGUUUUUCCCUCCUGGUGUGAGAGAAUGGGUAAAUGUUAUCAAAAUUCUUGAGGGGCGUGGGGUGUCUGUGAAUCAAUGAUUGUAUAAGAUCAGCUUUUCUUUUGCUUCUCAUCAUGCCCAGUGUUCCCAAACAGUCUGCUGCAAGUGUCUUACUUUGUUUCGGAAUCCUUUUUUCUUUACUGUCAUCACUGACCUUGGAUUUACUCCUCCUCUGGGCCUCUUUUUAAAGGGUUAUUAAUCAAAAAAACAUCUUUUAUCAAGAGAAGUAUUCCAGGUCUUGUCUUCCCCAUGCUUUGUGCAAAGUCUGUUUCAGAUCUUGACAUCGGAGAGAGGUUCAGUGGGCAUCCUUCGUUGCCUUUUCUCUGGUUCUGUACUUUACUUGAAGUUCUGAACAAUGUGAGCCUGGCUUUAUGCUGUGUCUUUUAUAAAGCUUCCAGCGUGCUCUUGCAGCAUUUACAAAGGAGUAUUGUGUUACUGUAAGAGUGCAGUGCUGAGCCAGGAAGAGGGAGUCAGCUCUGGGUAGGCCCAAGUGAUUUAAUUAUUAGUAUGAAUUGUUGAAUUCAGAACUACUGAAUUAGACAAAAUAAAAGAUGUGUUGCUUUAUUUUUUAUUUAUGAAUGUAAGUAUAACACAGCAAGGAAGCAGCAUUUGAUUAUGUUUCAGAGGGUGGAAAGUAAAACCCAAUACUGGGGUUGCUGGUGUUCUUUAAAUCUGGUCUCUGCCCUCGGUUCCUGUUGCCUGCAGUGACUACUGAGGACAAGUAGAACAAUGCAGCAGUCAGGCCGGUUGGUAUCUCAGUGAGUCACUGUACGCUGGUUUACUUUUAUUAGUUAUUAUUUCAGUGUUUUCAAGAAAUAAUGCUAAGCACUUUAAUUACAUGUGAGUGUAAAACUGCAAUGUGACCUUGUGAAAUUACUUAAAUUUCUUGAAGGCAAAAGAAAAGACAGGAAAAAAUCUCUCUGAAGUUAAAACCCAUGACUGCUUCUGGUGGCAUUAUUGCAGAUUAUGUUGUCCAUUCAGCUGAGACACAGCAACUCCGGUGACCUCUUAAAAGAGUAUGAAUUGGGAAGGACUCCUAAUCCUGAUAUUGUCUGUAACAAGCACAUCAAAUUCAACCACUUUCUUCAUUACGCGAUGGAUAACCUUGGAGCAGAUGCAAUUGCUACGGGGCAUUAUGCUAGGACCUCCCUAGAGGAUGAGGAAGUGUUUCAACAGAAACAUAUUAAAAGACCACAAAGGCUUUUCAGAAACCGUUUUGAAGUUAGAAAUACUGUGAAACUCCUUCAAGGGGCUGACCUCUUUAAGGACCAGACCUUCUUUCUAAGUCAGAUCUCGCAGGAUGCUUUGAGGAAAACCAUUUUCCCUUUAGGGGAUUUAACAAAAACUUUCGUGAAGAAGAUAGCAGCAGAACAUGGCCUUCAUCAUGUGUUAAAGAAAAAAGAGAGUAUGGGAGUCUGUUUCAUUGGUGAAAGAAACUUUGAAAAUUUCCUUCUUGAGUAUUUAGAACCUCAACCAGGUAACUUUGUUUCCAUUGAAGAUAAGAAGGUGAUGGGAACACACAAAGGUUGGUUCCUCUACACAAUAGGCCAGAGGGCUAGGCUAGCAGGCCUGAAGGAUGCUUGGUUCGUUGUAGACAAAGAUGUCCGCACUGGAGAUGUCUUUGUGGCACCAUCAACAGAUCACCCUGCUCUGUACAGAGACCUGUUGCGGACAAACCGAGUGCAUUGGAUAGCAGAGGAGCCUCCUGCAGAGCUUAUUAGAGAUAAAAUGAUGGAAUGUCAUUUCAGGUUUCAGCACCAGAUGACACUGGUGCCUUGUGUGCUGACUCUAAACCAAGAUGGGAGUGUGUGGGUGACACUAGUGAAGCCAACAAGAGCUAUCACCCCUGGGCAGUUUGCCGUGUUCUACAAGGGUGACGAGUGCUUGGGCAGCGGGAAGAUCCUAAGGAUGGGCCCAUCGGUGUAUACCAUGCAACAGGGCAAAAACCGAGAGGAGGGUCCAAAGAAGGAAGAGAUUGACAAGUUAGAUCCGGCAACAUAACACCUGGGUUUGUUUAUUGAAGGACUUUGGAGAAUUUGCUGCCUGAGAAUAAUAAAAACAAUAAUAGAUGUUUUUUGUUGAUCCGUAUGUUCUAAAGGUCAGUUGACCAUCAAGUCCCAGCUCUUGACUGUUAGCACUGAACAAAUUGAAAACUAAGGCCAGUUUGGUACAAUUUUACUGGACUGGAUGGUGAUACCUAUGUUAAUACAUAUCAAGGGAUGUCUUAAAGUUGUUCUGUAAUAGUAGUUACACAUACAAGAAUUUUAAUGUAAAAAUCGUGUCUAAAAUCAUAAAUAUCUUUUAUGCAUAAGUGAAAUAUUUUUUUUCUUACUUGAAGAUACCUGUCCCUAGGUAAAGUACAUACGUUGUUUUACAGUAAAUGUAUGGUUGUGCUUUUGUCUGAGAAAGGGAUGAAUAAUAUUUAAGUUCAGCAUUUUGAAUGAACUACAAGCAUCAGAUAUUUUUCAUUUUAUAUAGUUUUAUAAGAAGUGCUUCAGAUUUUUAAGCUGUGUUAAGUAGUGGUUUCAGAUGUUUACAUAACUAAGAAUUACAAAUCUAGGGGCUUAAAACAGUCUUGAUGGUUAAAUUUUUUCACACAACUGACUAAUUCUUUGUUAACUGCUGAGGGCAGAGGCUGUUUGGUUUGUCUCCUGGAGAAGAGAAUGCAUUGUGCUUCAAAAAAUGCAAACUCGUAUGCAUUUCCUUAUUAGGUAGCUAACUUAAUGGAGACCUUGCCAUAUGUCAAAAUGGAGUGGUAUCAGGAAGAGCUGAAUUACCCCUGUCCAAAUUAUCUACGUUUAUAAGGAUUGGGUGCAUACUGAGGACACCCUAAGCUUAGAAUAAAACUUUAUUACAGCAAGUCAACAAAAAUUAAUUCCUGUCUUUCAACAUGGUAACUGUCCCUAAAGUACAGCUGUGCAGGAGCAGGACUUUCCAGAUGGGUGUAGAAUUUUGAGAUUUGCAUCCAGUUUGGGCCGUAGGGAAGCUGUACUGUGAAUAGAUCUUUUCAGGAGAUCUGAAGGCUUGGAUUACAUGUAUGUCCUUUUCUGUUGUCUUAGUAUCUUCUAAGAAUUCCAUUUAUUUCUUCUGAUAAGAAAAGUAAAAGGUAGUCUCUUUUCUUCAAAGUGUGGAAGUAAAAGGGGGAGGAAGACACUUCAGUGUCUACCUGCUCGUCUGGUAAAGUUAAACACACAGUUCAGGGAGCCCUAAGGAAGAAACCUAGGCUGUUAGAUUCUUACGUAUUUUUUUAACACUACAGUAGAUCUGCUUGAGAGGGGAAGAAAGCCAUCCUUUUUCACCAGUGCCAAAAUCAGUUCAAUUUAAUAGUGUGUCUUCAGAGUGUCUAUCCAUGUGCAGGCUAACUAAAGACUACUCAUGUUCCACCUCAACUCCUGAUUUGUGUUAGGUUAGUUGUGUUAUGGGUUCUGGUCAUGACUUCUGUUUUCCUAAUGCUUUCCUUACCUUUUCUGAAACUUUGCCUUUGCAAAAUGUGGAAUUAAUUACUAAGGAGUUAAUGUUCCACAUUGUCCUCAUCUGAGUUUUCCAUUAAACGUCCCAAUUAAAAUCUUCACAAAUGUUU